AUGCAGAGUGGGGGUACCUGGGGCCUACAGGCUGGUCAAUGGACAGACGACACAUCGAUGGCUCUCUGCCUUGCCGCCAGUCUUAUAGUUAAACAGGGCUUCGAUGCUUACGAUCAACUAGUGCGAUACAAAUGGUGGUAUAAGGAUGGAUACAUGUCAUCUAUAGGAAAGUGCUUUGAUAUCGGUCAAGCGACACAUCUAGCUGUUAUCGACUUUGAGAAGCGUCAACUGAACUUUGCAGAACGUUUUUGCCAGUUGAAACCAAGAACGAUCAAAUCGGAACGAGAUCGCGAUACAAUGAUAAGUCAAUGUGACUGUGUUAGCGUUGAUUUCAAGCUGCAUUUCGGAUCAGAAGAUUCUGCCGGCAAUGGACCUCUCAUGCGUUUGAGUAAAUAUGAACUUUUGGAUCCCAAAUUCUAUCGUGCAUAUUAUUUCUCACCUCCACUACACCUUGAUGUCAUUAACAUUGCCGAGGGUUCUUACAAAAAAAAGAAUGGUUAUGAAGAUGGUAUUCGUGGCAAAGGUUACGUGUUGGACGCUCUCGAAGCUGCUCUCUGGGCAGUUUGGAAUGAUCAAGACUCCUUCGAACGCGGUGUUCUAUCGGUUGUGAAUUUGGGAGAUGACACAGAUACGACGGCGGCUAUCUAUGGCCAACUUGCCGGCGCUCUUUAUCGGAUCGAGCAGAUUCCAAAACGUUGGAUUCAGAAAUUAUUCCAGCGCGAUUUCAUAAUAACUAUGGCUAACUGGUUGUAUCUUGGAGGAGAGCUGUGA